AUAUUUCAUUAAAGAUUUAGAUGCCGUCAGAUUCGUACGUAAUUUUGAUGUGAAAAAGUAUUGAAAUGUCGCGAAGUGUGGAGUCGCUUUUCUUGUGGUCUAUUCCGAUACCGGAGGGCCUGGUAAUGGACCCGUUGUCACCCACAGCGCUUGCAGUCCCCAACCACAUAAUGGACCGCAUUGGCAGUGGGCUAACCCUGCUCAGAGAGCACGGAAAGAAAGUUCAAAAGUAUCUGUUGAAAAACAGAAAGUUUGAAGUUCUGAAGAAAUCCUGGAAGUCCAUAGUUAAUAUCGUGCUGGUAGAAGCCAAAGACUUGCCUGUUGGAGAUGAUACAUCCAAUGGUCUCUACUGCAAAUUCAAAUUGGGCUCGGAAUCACACAAAUCGAAACAAGUACACAAAUCGAAACCAGUAUGGCGGGAACGAUUCAACUUAUUCCUAUACGACGAUAACACGCUGGAAGUAACGAUAUGGCAUAAGAUGAAGCAGAAAAAUUUUAUUGGAAGAUGCGUCAUCGACCUAUCACAGUUGGAGAAGGAGAAGACCCACGAACUCUGGCAGGACUUAGAUUGUGGGUUAGGCUCUGUUCACAUGCUGAUCACAUUGAGCUGUUCUGAUAGAACCUUACCGUUGGACAGCAUCCCCACAUCAAACUGUAUUCGACAUGAACCGCCAGCUGAUGAUCAAUUCCAAUGGUAUCGCUUUGACAAUGGCUGGAGCGAAGUCGGUCAAUUGUCAUUAACACUUCAUGGCGCGAAAGGUUUAAGUGCUAUGAACUUAAGCGGCAAUGUCAACGCAUACUGUAUCAUCGAAUUGGAUAACGCAAGGGUACAAACAAAUACGAUUCGAGGGACUUCAGAACCGGAAUGGGACAAAAACUUUGUUUUUCCAAUAAAGGAUAUAACAUCUACAGUCGACAUAGCAGUUCAUGAAGAGUCAUUGAUUCAGUCGAUGAAGGGUGAAUCGCUGGGAAGAAUAUCCAUACCACUGUUGAGAAUAAAUAAUAACGAGAAGAGAUGGUAUGCCCUCAAAAAUAGAUCCAAAAAAAGCAGUGCGAGAGGGAACUGUCCCAGGAUUUUAUUAGAAAUGUCCAUUGUAUGGAAUCCGAUUAAAGCCUCGAUGCGUCUAUUGAGACCGAAAGAAACGAAAUAUAUACAAAAACCGCCUAAGUUUGAUAUUCCACUUAUUUAUAGUAAUUUAAUAUUUAUUAAACAUAUAUUUAAAGUAUUUCAAAUGGGAAAUGAACAUUUCAAGAGAGUAUUCGAAUGGGAGAAUCAGGAGUUAUCAGCAAUGGCGCUUGGGGGCUGGCUGAUUUUUUGGUAUUUCUUCAGAUUGUGGAUGACUCCGCUAAUACUUCUAUUACCAUUUAUACAUUACUGGCUCGUACGAAGAAAUACCCCAGUUCCUUUGUGCCAGACAGAUGACGACGAUUCAGAUGAGGAGACGGAAAUACAAAAGGAUGACAAAACAAUCAAAACGCGAAUAAAUGAGUUACAGGAUCUUACAAUAACUAUUAAAAAUGGGAUUGAUUACAUCGUGUCGCUCUUGGAGAGGUUACACAAUUUGGUGAAUUUCAGUGUCCCAUAUAUAAGUUACUUAUUUAUGUUGGCGCUGGUUGGUGCCUCUAUAGCCUUCCUGCUGAUACCAGCGAAUUAUCUGUUCAUGGCUUUUGGUAUUUAUAAAUUUGGUCGCAAAUUUAUAACCCCACAAAGAGUGCCGAAUAAUGAUGUUUUGGACUUCAUAUCGCGGGUGCCUGACAACCAGAUGUUGAAACAAUGGCGCGAGCUGAAGGUUCCAGAAGCAGUUGAAGGUCGGUCAGACCCGGAAAAGAGACGAUAGUACAAAUAUGUGCAAACGUCUGCAUUUAUUUACGCUCAUUCCCAACCUACUAACGUAGUGCCAUAGAGGAGAUGAACGUUUCAUAGACUGCGAAAUGGGUCAUAGAGAAUAUUUACGAUAUAAUAAAGGAUAUUAUAUUGAAAUAUUUGAAUGCUGUGAUAAAAAUUUCCUGUACCAUUUAAAAAAUUACUAAUAAAUAAUUACUAUUUUAAGCCCAUAAGAUUUUGAUUACAAGAUGGUAAACUCCGUAGGUAUAUAUAUAAUUAUAUAAAUAUUUAAUGUGAUAAAAAUAGCAUUUUAUGCUGCUGUGCAUUAUCUGCAUUUAGCGCCAAUUUAGUUUGACAUGGCGCGCUGUCAUGUUGACAUUUAGAGGACACGUUCAUAUUUCAUUAGUGACAGCUGUCAGGUUGGAGAACCGAAAAGGUUUUGUUGUCGAUUUAAUUAGUAAAACUAAAUUUUAAUAUGCAAUUAAUUAUUAUUUAUGUAUUCGUAGAGUGUAGACAAGUUUUGCUCAAUUCUUUGUCGUUGUUACUAAAACAUUGUGAUCGUAGUUUAUAAAGUAUUUUUAAGUGAUUUCAAUAAAUACCUCAGACCUCCGCUGGUAAACAUAAAAUAAGGUUGAAUAAAUAAAUUUAAUAAAAAAUGCUUUAAUAUUAUAUUUAAUUGAAAUUUCGUGUCUUUACAUACAUGAGCAAAUUUUUAAUCUCUUAAUAAAUUAGGUUUAUUAACAUGAUUUAAUAAUUAAAUGGUUAAUAAUAGAAAUAAAAAGCAAUACAUAUAAAGUUGUUUACUAUAUUUCUAAAAAUAUUUUAAUAUGUCGACAUUUUAUGAGUUAUAUUUAUAACGUAAUGUCGCAGCCAUCUAGCUUAAUAAACCGAUUGAUUAACAUCUUAGACUUUUAACCAAACGGCGCCGUUUAACUUGCGGCCUGAAAGUUAUUCAGCCAGUUGAUCAAACAGCCAGGAAAAUGACAUGGAUCGAUGACGUUUUAUUUCUUGCCCAGCCUCUCAAUCUCGAAACGAAACUUCAAACUGUCAAUAUGGCGUCGGCAAAUCACAACUUUGAUGGUGUUUUCCAAAGUUUAAUGAGAAUCAACAAGUACAAUGGACGAGUGUAGUAACAAUAAUAAUGUGAAUUCAGCUGUGACUGACUCAAUCAAUUUAAUUUUUAAAGAAAUAUUUUAAUCAGAUGUUUUACUUUUUUUUAUUUUUGCCACAUGCUCACUCUAGCGUACGAAUGCCAUUUUAAAUAUUGUUUCUAACGUUACGGCUAAAUAUCUUUCAGGCCGCUUGUUAAACAGCGCCGUUUAGUCAAAAGGCCAGGCCGUUAAUUUAACGGAUUAUUAAGCUAGCUGCAACAGAUAUUUAACAAACCAAGUUGGACUAGACAAGUAUGCUUAGCGACAGGCGUGACCCUUCAACGCUAAUCGUAUAUGUGUAUGUCACGUGACUGAACCCACCGCAAAGUAUGUUCGUCUUAAGUCUACAUAAAUCUUAGAUUGUCAUUAUCGCUAUAAUAUCACAUAUAUUACUGUAUAAUUACAAAUAAUUAGCGGAGGUCGCAAAUGGUAUGCCUCAAAUUGAGGUGCUGACAGAUCUUGCCAGAUAUCUAGAAUUAUCCUCCUGUGGUUUCGGUAUGUGUAAUUCCUUCCAAUCUUUCUGUAAUUAAAUGAUUAUUUUUGA